GUCUCCACCAGGUGUCACAAUCGCGCUCUCGCCGGCUCCUCUCCCCGCCCCUCCGAGAUGGUAGUGCGGAAGCGGAAGAGGCUGCAGGGCCGGGAAGCCUCUGUUUGGUCCGGCCAGGUCCCGGGGUCCGGGCCGCCAGCCGCGAUGCCAAGUCCCCGGAGGAGCAUCGAGGGACGGCCGCUGGGCGUCUCCGCUUCGAGCAGCAGCAGCAACCCCGGCAGCCCAGCCCAUGGCGGCGGUGGCGGCGGCAGCAGGUUUGAGUUCCAGUCCCUGCUCAGCAGCCGCGCUACGGGCGUGGACCCCACCUGCGCCCGGCUCCGUGCGUCGGAGAGCCCAGUUCACCGCCGCGGCUCCUUCCCCCUGGCCGCGGCGGGCCCCUCGCAGUCGCCCGCGCCUCCGCUGCCCGAGGAGGACCGCAUGGACUUGAACCCGUCCUUCCUGGGCAUCGCCCUGCGCUCCCUGCUGGCCAUCGACCUGUGGCUGUCCAAGAAGCUGGGGGUGUGCGCGGGAGAGAGCUCGUCGUGGGGCAGCGUGCGACCCCUUAUGAAGCUGCUGGAGAUCUCGGGACACGGCAUCCCCUGGCUGCUGGGCACCCUCUACUGCCUGUGCAGGAGCGACAGCUGGGCCGGGCGCGAGGUGCUGAUGAACCUGCUCUUCGCCCUGCUGUUGGACCUGCUGCUGGUGGCCUUGAUCAAAGGGCUGGUCCGCAGGCGCCGCCCGGCCCACAACCAGAUGGACAUGUUUGUCACAAUCUCGGUGGACAAGUACUCCUUCCCCUCGGGCCAUGCCACAAGGGCCGCCCUGAUGUCGAGGUUCAUCCUGAACCACCUGGUGCUGGCCAUUCCACUGAGGGUGCUGGUGGUUCUGUGGGCCUUCGUCUUGGGCCUCUCCAGGGUCAUGCUGGGGCGGCACAAUGUCACCGACGUGGCUUUUGGCUUUUUUCUGGGCUACAUGCAGUACAGCAUCGUGGACUAUUGCUGGCUCUCACCCCAUAAUGCUCCGGUCCUCUUUUUACUGUGGAGUCAACGAUGACACCAUCUCAUUGAUUAUGGCACCAGGAAGUCUGAAGGUUUCCACAUUCGAUGAUGCCAACCUAAACCAGCAGCCAUCCCGCUUGUCCCUCUUAGGCAUUUCAGGCUUCCUUUGGGACUUCAGGUGUCCCAUGAUCUUGAUGUGCUGCUAGGCUGGAGCACACGCUGGCCAUUACUGAACACAGCCAUAUUAGGGAAAGCAAAAAAACCCAAAAAAUCCUCUAUUGUAUAUUUAUUCAACAACUGUUUAUGUCUCCAGGACAACUGCAAAGAAAACAAGCUGAGGUGGUUAUACUGUUGCUGUUAAAAGUUGGUAUCAGUAAGAUUUGUGUUUUGUGGUAAUCCCUAAAUCAACAUACCACUAAACUGAACUUCCAGAAAGAAACAUGAUGUUCAUUCUGUAAAUAUACAUACAGACAGGUCAUGUACUAAUCCUAGUCCUUUUCCUGAGGUAGAUUUUAAACAGUAUUUUUAAAGUCCAAGACAUAGGUUUUUCUAGUUUAUUCCCUGAAGAUCUGUUGCCACAGUUGGGAGAUUUCUUCUUAAUCCUGAUUUUCUUGCAUUCAGAGAAAAAGCAAGAACUUGCUUAAAGAGGAAUCACUUAAAAGGUAGGCAUAUCUAAGAUGCUCAUAGAAAAGGAAGAAUGGGACAUGGCCCCAUGCUUAUUUCUGUUUACAACCUAACAUGGCAUGAGAGAAGGCAAAGAAACUAAGUUGCUGGGGAAAGUCAGAGGAACUGAAAGUUUGGGAAUAGGCCGACCACAUAUUAUGCCAGUGACCAGUAUGACAGGAGAUGGGGCCAUGCUGCCAGUCAUCUCCACUGAAUAAAGAAUAAUGCUCCUCUAUGAGGGUAAUAAAGUGGGGAAAAGGAACGUCUUCUCAAUGCAAGAACAUAAGCUUUCUCGUAUAUACCUGUAUGCUACAGUUUUUCACAAGGAAUUCCGUUUUCUGAGGUACAGCACAUUUUAGGUAACAGUAUUUAACUUGAAAUUCAUCAUGGGAGUCUGCUGCUAUACCAGGCACAAGAUAAAACUCCAAAAUUUCUGUUUACAUUGACCUUUACAUUUAAAGCUGUUCAUCCAUGGUGCCUCUCCAAAUCAUAAGACCAAAGACCACCAAACGCAGGGUGGACUCUGCUCAUUAUUCUUUGACCCAGAAAGACUGGAGAAGGUAUGUGCUUUAAGUGCUGCUCUACCUGAAAAGAAAUCCUUUAAAUUACCUAUGGAAGUGAUGUCCUCAGAUAAUCUUAAUGACUAUUUUGGCAUUUAUAAAUAGAAAUUAUUAUGGACUUUGAUCUGCCAUACUGAGGUUCGGAACUUGGAGAAUGGCUGUGAUAAGUAGGUUUUGAAUGAGUGAAAGCAUAAACUUGUUCAGAGUGAGGGGCAUACUGAAAAAGGAACAGCCAUGCCUCAAAAUCAAAUCAUUUGCAUUCCCACAACAUCCUGAAUACCGACUACCUCUUCACUUGCUAAAGCAGCUAAACUGUGAAGCUCUAAGUGGUUUGGGUUUGUUGUUUAACCUUAGCGAGAUCCUUUGUUUUAACUGCAGCAAUAUUCAAGCCAGAUGUUUGGAAGCAAAUGAUAUUUCCUCUUGCAGUGUCCACAAAUCUGAAUAUUAGGGGCAUGAAAUUAGGCUUACCAUCUGGUUCGUAAUUACAAUUUUGGAAUUCUCUGUUUUAGUUGCUGGGGCCUGAGUUUUCUGGCUCUUAAAGCAUAGAUCAUUUCACCUGAUGUUUUUGAAGCAUCCUAAGUACAGUAGAGUAGAAAACUGAUUUCUUUGUUAAUUGUACACUGAAGAAUGCCUUUUAAAAAUCAAAAUAAAAUUAACCAAUAAUGGUGAAUGAAGUGAGAUGAAAA